AUGUACUCGUGCGUGCUGUUCUCCUCCCUUCGUCACUCUUCUCCAACAGCACAAGCUCUAGCGGAGAGCGCAGCGGCAUGGGGAGUGGCGCCCACAGGGUGGAGUGGAGGGGGGGACUGCAGCCAAGUGCAAGGGGUGACUUGCGACAGCAAUGGCACGGUGGUGGCAAUUGACCUGAGCAAUACACCGUUGAAUGGCAGCAUUCCCAAGGAGAUUGGCAACCUCACCACCCUCACUCUCCUCCUGUGGGGCACCACACCGUCGUUUCUCAGCCUGCUGACGCAGCUCAGGCGCCUGGACCUGAGCGACAGCACCUUGCACGGAUCCAUCCCGGGCAGCCUUUGGGUGCUCCCCGAACUGCGACACCUAGACCUCUCGUCCAACCACAUCAACUCAACCAUCCCAGCCUCUUUGGGUGGACUCAAGUCACUCACCGCCAUGUAA